AGUAGAAUACAAGUGAUUUCAUUAUUCAUAUUGGAAUUUUUUUUUUGUUUUGAAAAUCUCAUAUAUUAAUCAUUCAUAACAAGUUUUCUUCUCUCAACAGUUCAGCGGCAAGACCGUUGGGAUCAUCGGUCCGGGCAACAUCGGCAUGGCGAUCGCAAAGAGAGCGGAAGCAUUCGGCUGCCCGAUCAGCUACUUCUCCAGAUCCAAAAAACCCGCCUGCAUCAACUACAACUACUGCCCCACCGUCGUCGACCUAGCAGCCAACUGCGACAUCCUGGUGGUCGCCUGCGCCCUGACCCCCGACACCCGCCACAUCAUCAAUCGUGACGUCAUCGACGCUCUUGGUCCCGAGGGAGUCCUCAUCAACAUCGGGCGGGGCCCACAUGUCGACGAGGCGGAGCUGGUGUCGGCGCUGCUGGAAGGGCGGCUGGGUGGCGCUGGGCUGGACGUGUUUCAAGACGAGCCCAACGUGCCGGAAGAGCUGUUCAAGCUCGACAACGUGGUGCUAAUGCCGCAUGUAGGGAGUGCGACGGUCGAGGCCAGGAAAGCCAUGGCUGACCUUGUUGUUGGUAACUUAGAAGCUCAUUUCCUCAACAAGCCAUUGUUGACUCCAGUGGUCUGAUUUUUUUUUUUUUUAAUUUUUCGGUGUUUGUUUUUUCUCUUCCUUUCUUUACAUUUUUUAAGUGAUGCGCAGCGUUCUUGCUACUGUUUGUUUAGUAGCCGUUGUAAUCACUGUUCAUGAAUUCUUGAUCGAAUGAUUAACCAAAUAACCAAUUAGACAACGCGUCGGUGUUUGACUGUUUUCACACUACAAGAGAACACUUAGUUAGAAAUGUUGAGGAUAUUAAUUUCUUGUCCUACAAGUCUCUAGUUUUCCUUGUUUAAGUAAAAGAAGGAAACUUGGUUGUUCUUAGGGUUUUAACCCUACGUCUAUCUCUAUAUAAGCUUAGCUACGAACAUGUCGUAAGCAAGCCGUCAAGAUGUAGUCGUAUAAUAAAACAUCAGUCGUGAGCUCGUUCCGAGCUCACCGUGGAUUAGUCUCGAUCAAUCAAUCGAUCGAGGAUACCACGUAAAACUCGUUGUCCCGUGUUAUUUUCAAUUCCGCAUCAUCAAAUUCUACAUUAUAUCCUCACAGCCGCCGCCCAUGUCAGCGACCGCGGCGUCUUCCGUCGUUGCAAGCCAGUACCUGUCACUGCUGCAACUUCAUCGAAGGCUCGUCACCAGCCGACCCUUUGCUCACAACCUGUUGUUGACUUUCGUUUCUUUGUGAAGCUCAAAGUUCCGGCUACGUACAAUUCCAAUGUUUUGCAGAGAAGCAUUGUUAUUGUUGCGGCCCGGUCGUCUUCAUCAAGCAUUCACGGCCAGCCCAUUGAUUCCGUUUUGGUUAAUUCAAAACGAGAGAUAUAGGAGUUGGUCAGGUCAAAGCAAUUACAUGGUCAACAAUGGAAUUGUUUUGCCUUGUCUUUGUGUUUGAAAUUGUGUGCCUCGUUCCAGUUGUCGUCAUUAAUCGGAAUAUCAAUCAAUGUCAUGGCAGUGAAGACACUAAUGGUCGUCCCUUCAAUAGUCAGUCAUGAUCAAGUGAUAAAGCGAGACAGUCACGAUCGUAGAAACGAUCGUCCCCUCGCUGUUCAGGAUCAGGUAAUUUUCAGUCUUCAUCAUUCUAACUUUCAAACUGGGCAUUCACUACGUUCAUGCUCCAGUUUGAGGGGGAGAAUAGGGAAUCAACACAUGUAGGUCGACUAGUUCAGUAAUAAAUUCGACCGUGUGUAUCAAUCAAUCAUGUUGCUCGGGGAAGCACAGUCAGCAGUGCAGGUAGAAGUCUCAAAAGUUAGCAACGCAAUCAUCAGCCUUCAAUCUCAUCCAAGACGUUAAGGAAUUCCGCCAUGCUGAGUUCAUUGUCAAAGAACUGGGUCAAGUAUGGAGUAGGAUCAGUCUCAUCCACGACGUCUAGGAGUUUCACCAUGCUGAGUUCACUGUCAAAGGAACUGGGUCAAGCAUGGAGUAGUUUCAUCAUUUGUCUACCCCUCCCGCAAGCGAACAAAGUCACAGCCAGUUGGAUCGUCAUUGCCAGCAAGAGGUUGUUUGAGUGUUGUUAAGUUUCAAGCUCGACAUUCUUGUCAUUCAUGUCUUCGCUUGAGGGGGAGUGUUGAGGAUAUUAAUUCCUUGUCCUACAAGUCCCUAGUUUUCCUUGUUCAAGUAAAAGAAGGAAACUUGGUUGUCCUUACGGUUUUAACCCUACGUCUAUCUCUAUAUAAGCUUAGCUACAAACAUGUCGUAAGCAAGCCGUCAAGAUGUAGUCGUAUAAUAAAACAUCAGUCGUGAGCUCGUUCCGAGCUCACCGUGGAUUAGUCUUGAUCAAUCAAUCGAUCGAGGAUACCACGUAAAACUCCUGAAAUAGUUUUUCGUCCUUUACCAAUGGUCAAAACGUCACGAAAACAUUUGGCGGCCCAACAAACAGUCACUGAUGCCUCAAACUUUUUUGUGAAGAAUCGCAGGAAUCGAUAAAGUCAGAAUAAGAAA